AUGGAGGUUUUGAUUCCUGUUGAUAACAUGGAUUUUGAUUUCAACAGUGCAAGAUCUUCACCAUCUGUUAGUGCACCUUCUACUCCAAAGCGUUUUGGGGAAUACUAUUGCAGUGCUCCAACUAGUCCUUCCCAUCUGUCGCAGUUUUAUCGGGAUUUCGACGAAUUCAGGGUCACUAGCGGUGGUGGUAGUGGCGGUGGCGAUGGUGGUGGUGUUCCAUUUGACUUUGCUUUUGAUGUCAGUGAGGAGUCGGAAACUGCCUCUCUUUCAGCUGAAGAGCUCUUUGAUGGCGGCGUAAUUAAGCCUCUGACACUAAAACAGCCGCAUCGGCUGCAACUUCCUCCUGGAGCAAGAAUUAAUCAAUUACCAACUCAGAAACUGGCUGGCAUGAAUCUCAAAUCGCCAAGAGGUAAAAAUAUUUUCAAGGGUGUUUUUUCACCAAGAAACAAGAAAGAAACCAACGACCCUUUUGAAAUUGCUGCUCGAAACACCACUAAAACGCAGCAACCGGAGCCGGAAAGAGGACGACAGAGAUCGCCUAACUUCUCUUCAUCAUCAAGCCGAAGAGUUACACGAUCACUUUCUCCACUCAGAGACUCCCAGUAUCCCUGGGGAGAAGAGUUUCAGUUUUCGAAUCGUGUGCAAGAAGAAAACAUUAGUAAUAUUUCAGAAGUUUCCGUGCAACCUAGACAGCAACAAGAUAACAACACGAAACAUCUUUGUUCAUCUUUGUCAUCUUCAUCCACGAAAAGUCAAAAGAAAUGGAGAUUUAAGGACUUUUUCUUGUUCCGAAGCGCAUCCGAAGGGCGAGCAGCCGAUAAAGAUCCUUUGAAGAAAUACACAGAAGUGCCCUUCAGGAGACAUGAAUAUUUAAAGAAUUCGAGCUUUCGAACAAUUGAUAGCCCGGGUUCGGGAUCCGGCACCCGAAGAAGGGGUCCGGUUUCAGCUCAUGAAUUACAUUAUACAAUAAAUCGAUCAGUUUCUGAAGAUUUGAAGAAGAAAACAUUUUUGCCUUACAAGCAGGGGAUUCUUGGGCGGCUGUCAUUCAAUCCUGCUGUUCAUGCUUUGGCCAAUGGCUUUGGAUUUUCUCGAAAAUGA